AGCACCUCUGCCCUUUCUUUUGAGUUCAGGCAUUGAAAUCAGCCACUGCAUUUAAUAAUUGCUAGACUGAAGGCAGCUGAAAUAUACUCUGUUUCAUGGUCUGUGUUCAGGCUGUCAGAAGGACCUCAGACUUUGCAACUCUUGUGACUGAUCCAAGAUCAGCCCCUUCUGGGUUUGUAGCCUGCCAGAAACCUCCUGAACCAAUAAAUCCAUCUUUCAGGGGCUAUGGUGCCUGAGGAGCUUCCAGGCAAGGUAAAGCUGCUGAAGCUCAGAGCAUCCUGGAAACCUGCACUGGCUCACCCCAGAGAAGGCACAAGUAACUCACCCUGAGCUAGGCAGAAGAAAAAGGCAGUGAGAACACUGCCAUUCCUGGUCAGGGAGAGAAGGCUUGUCUUCCACAAGAAUGGACAUCCACUAAUCAGAACUGCCUCCCUCCUUUCCUUCCCUAGCCACCCCAGCUGUUUAACUUCCAGAGGCUACCUCCAUAAACAAAAAUAUCGGCACCAGACCCUCUGAUGACAUCCAGCAUCCCUGGAAGUGUUACCCCAGCCCUGAAAGCAUCCAAGGUCAGGUUGGUUGGAGCCCUGAGCAGCAUGAGUUAGUGGAUGGCCUCCCUGCCCAUGGCAGGGGUUUGGAAAUAGAUGAUCUUCCAAGUUAAUUCUAACCCAACCAUCUUAUAAUUCUAUAAUUAUGUGAUUCAUUUGGGAUGGCCAUCAAAGUGGAUUCUGCAAGACUCAAAACCACGAAAAAAAGCCUAUCCAGUGACAUUUGUCCUCAGUUUUGGCCAAAAGAGAAAGGAAUUUUGGAAGGAAUUUAGCGAGGUUUGAAUGUACCAGACAAAGAGGAAUGUUAGAUUACACUUUGAAGUUUCCAUGGACACUGAAUUACUGGGAGAGAAAUAGUAAUAGUAAUUAUUUAUCAACAAAGAUCAGCAUGAACUGCCUCUCAAUCCUGAGGUGAUUAAAAAGAGAGAGGUCUGGGCAGAGGUAACUCUUCUGUGCUUUCCAUGUUACACUUCAGCAUUAAAAGUUAUAUAAAGUGGCAAUACAUUUCUUAGCAGAAGACCUGACCGGUUGUAUAAUUUAUUCUAUCCUUUGUACCACAAUGAAAAAGUCUAUUUCAAUAGUUUAUAUGUGUUUGAGUUAUGAAAUGUAGAGAUGAUAGAAAUGUAUUUGAAAGAGAACUGGGGUUAUGAUUAAAUGGUUAACUUAUUUCCCAAAUGAAUGAGAAAGGAAACAGGGUGCUGCAACCUUUUGCUCUCACUUCCUCAUGAGAGAAGACGUAGAGGCUGUCCCAGAGAGAGCGGGGCUGCUGUGCACACACAUCUCAGGCAGCCAUGGGGAACUGGGUGGAGAAUGAAGGACUGUCCAUCUUCGUCGUUCUUGUGUGGCUGGGCUUAAAUGUCUUCCUCUUUUGGUGGUACUAUCUUGUGUAUGAUGUCCCACCAAAAUUCUUCUACACCAGAGUGCUCCUUGGCCGUGCUCUGGCUCUUGCAAGGGCCCCUGCAGCCUGCCUGAAUUUCAAUUGCAUGCUGAUUCUGCUGCCAGUAUGUCGAAACCUGCUCUCCUUCCUCAGAGGAUCAAGUGCGUGCUGCUCUACCCGUAUCAGGCGACAGCUGGACAGAAACCUCACCUUUCACAAAAUGGUGGCCUGGAUGAUCGCCCUUCACACUGCAAUUCACACCAUUGCACACUUAUUCAACGUGGAGUGGAGUGUGCAAGCCCGUGUUGAAGAGAAAGGCACCCUGGCAGCUGUGCUUUCUGGCCUUGGAGACAAACCAAAGGAAAGCUAUGUCAACUUCUUCAGACAAACCAUUGCUAAUCCCAUUGGGGGCCUCUAUGUGGCUUUCACGUACUUGGCUGGCAUCACUGGGGUUGUCAUCACACUGGCCCUCAUCCUCAUCAUCACCUCAUCCACCAAAACCAUCCGGAGGUCAUAUUUUGAAGUAUUUUGGUACACCCACCAUCUCUUUGUCAUCUUCUUUAUUGGCCUUGUCAUCCACGGUGCUGGUCGUAUUGUGCGGGGACAGACAGCUGAAAGCCUGGCUGAACACAACCCAGAGAUUUGCUACAAGAACUUCACUCACUGGGGCAAGACUGAGGCUUGUCCAAUCCCUCAGUUUUCAGGGAAUCCUCCUAUGACAUGGAAGUGGGUGGUAGGUCCCAUGUUUCUGUACCUGUGUGAGCGGCUGGUGCGGUUUUGGAGGUCUCAGCAGAAGGUUGUUAUCACAAAGGUGGUCAUUCAUCCCUUCAAGACAAUUGAGCUCCAGAUGAUGAAAAAAGGCUUCAAGAUGGAGGUUGGACAAUACAUUUUUGUCAAAUGUCCAGCAGUAUCUAAACUGGAAUGGCAUCCAUUUACACUGACUUCUGCUCCAGAAGAGGAUUACUUCAGCAUUCACGUCCGUAUUGUGGGAGACUGGACAGAGGGCUUGUUCAAUGCCUGUGGCUGUGAUAAACAAGAAUUCCAGGAGGCAUGGAAGUUGCCCAAGAUAGCUGUGGAUGGCCCCUUUGGAACAGCGAGUGAGGAUGUGUUCAGUUAUGAAACUGUGAUGCUGGUUGGAGCUGGAAUAGGGGUCACCCCCUUUGCAUCUGUCCUCAAGUCUGUCUGGUACAAAUACUGCCAUGAUGCCACCAACCUAAAGCUCAAGAAGAUUUAUUUUUACUGGCUUUGCAGGGACACUCAUGCCUUUGAAUGGUUUGCUGACCUCUUGCAAUCUCUGGAGGCUCAAAUGCAGGAGAGGAACAAUGCAGAGUUUCUGAGCUAUAACAUCUACCUUACAGGCUGGGAUGAAACUCAGGCCACUCACUUUGUAGUGCAUCAUGAAGAAGAGAAAGAUGUGAUUACAGGACUGAAACAGAAAACCUUGUAUGGAAGACCUAACUGGGAAAAUGAGUUCAAAACUAUUGCAGGGAAGCAUCCUGGCUCCCGAAUAGGUGUUUUUCUCUGUGGCCCUGAGGGCUUGGCUGACACACUCAACAAGCAGAGCAUCAGCAACUCAGAAGCUGAUCCACGAGGAGUACACUUCAUUUUUAACAAAGAAAAUUUCUAACUCUGAAGCAAGUGGGAGUCAUUAAAAGCAAGGUCUAAAGACUGAAUCUGUUUUUCUGUGUGGAGUCUGGGAAGGACAGCCCAGCUUCUGAAUUUGAGCUACACUAAUGCAGGUCCCUUUGCUUCUUGGGAAUGAUUUUGGCUCUGUGGUAGAAUAAAGAGUCAAGUUUUACCUUA